AUGACUACCAACCAGAGCGGUGGGGAUGAUAGUGAAGACAUGAUUCAGCAGUCACCUCCCGACGAGCAAGCUCCCGAAGGCCAAGCUCCUGAAGAUACAAACCCCGCAAACUUGUCAUCAAACCCACCAGAGGCUCAUGUAUCGACUAACGAGGGGGAGAGCCGGAAUGAUAGUGAACACAUGAUUCAGCAGUCAUCUCGUGAUGAGCAAGCUCCCGAAAAUGCAAACCCUGCAAAUUUGUCAUCAAACGCACGAGAGGCUUCUGUAUCGACUAACGAUGGGGAGAGCCACGCCGACAUUCGCUUUCAGGUUGGAGUUUUUGCCCCCUGUGACCUUCCUCAAGGCCACAAGAUCAUCGGCUCAGAACAACCAUUAUUUGAGGUUCCCCCCCAGUUUGGAGAGCCUUCUGCUUGGCGGCGCAAAGACUUGAACCCAACGGGAGCUGAAUGCUUCGACAAGUUCAAACGAGACCACAACUGCAAGCCUUCGAUCACCACAGCUAUAAUUAGUAGUUUGGCGUCCGAAACCCACCGUGCUUGCCCAGACUGUGCACAGGCAACAUUCCGAAUUGGUGAAACUUACGACAUUACAUUGACGCUUUUGAAGGAUGUCAGAAAAGGCGAUGAGAUAUGCAUUGGCUUCGGUCAGACCCGAACACGCUUCGUCUGUUCACUUUGCAAAACCAGAGAACGUACAUGGAAGUGGCGGAAACGCCAACUCAAGAGACUUUUCGCAAAACUUUACCCGCGCGACAUGUCCCAGACCGCCGAACCACCAAGUGAAUGA